GACUGGGAUGGAGAGGGAGGGAAGGAGGGAGGGAGGCGGGCUUAAAACGGGCCGUUCCGGCCUCUGCCCCGAGAGCGAGCGCGGCCGGGGGCAGGAGGGGCACGCCUGGCCCUUGUCCGGUUGCUGCUGUAAGGGACCCACGGUGAUACUUUGUGGGAUCUUGCUAUAGCUGAAGUGAAGAAGAGGGCAAACCCUGAUGACGAUGUCAAGCAGGGGGAAGUUUGCGAAAAAUCCAUAUUAUUUAUGGGAAACAAAAAUGGGGGAAAGACCACUAUUAUACUGAGGUGUCUUGAGAGGGAAGAGACUCCAAAGCCAACAAUAGCCUUGGAAUAUACCUUUGGAAGAAGGGCAAGGAGACACAACGCACCUAAAGAUGUAGCUCAUUUUUGGGAACUAGGUGGUGGAACCUCAUUACUGGAACUCAUUCGAGUACCAAUCACUAGCUACAACGUAAGGUCCUUUUCUGUAGUGCUUGUAUUGGAUCUGUCCAAGCCUAAUGAACUCUGGGCUACUAUGGAGAACCUCCUGCAGGUCACCAGGAACCACGUGAACAAAAUUUUAGCCAAACUAGAAAAGACAAAUCCUAAAGUAGCUGCUGAACUUAAACAGAGGAUGCGGAACAAUCUGCAGAGGGAUCACCCAGAUUAUGAGUUAGUUGACCCUUUUCCAAUACCCUUGGUGAUAAUUGGAAGCAAAUAUGAUAUUUUUCAUGAGUUUGACUCUGAAUUGAGGAAAAUAAUAAGCAAGACACUUCGAUUUGUUUCACAUUAUUAUGGAGCAUCAUUAGUGUUUACCAGUAAAUCUGAGGCUCUCCUGCUGAAAGCCCGUGCUCUUAUUAAUCACUUGGCAUUUGGCUAUGAUAAAAGCAAAUCUGUAUCAGUGGAUCCCAGCAAACCUCUGUUUAUACCAGCAGGCCUCGAUUCGCUGAGCCAAAUAGGACCACCACCUGCCUCUGAUAGUGAUAUUGGAAAGAUGCGUGCAAAAACACCUUUGGAACUGUGGAAAAAAGUAUUUGAGAAAACGUUUCCUCCCAAGAGUUCCUGUGAUUUACAAGAUGCCAAGAACCCUGCACAGGAUAGACAGUACGCUGAGUGUGAAAUUGAUAUCAUGAGAGCUGAGAAAGACCAGGAACUUGAACAGUACAGAAGAAAUGCCUCUAAAUCCUGGAAAGAAAUGGAUUUUGACUCUGAUUGAUGAGCUGCUAUAGGUGUCUUCAGUUUAACAACAUUUACAAAAUUUUUCUAACAUUACACUAGCAAUUUCAUCUGAGGCAUUUGAAAAUACAUAUUAUCAAACUACAAAAUUAGUAUUUAUUAAGCAUCCCUGGUGAUAUUUUUCAUAAAAGAGCUGUUCAUUCAGUCCAAAUUCGUGUAUCUCAGCACUGACACAGUUUUAAAAAGUUUUUAAAAGUUUUAAAAGUCAAGAAUUCUAGAUUGUUCACAGGUGGAUUUGAACAUUAGGACUGGCAUUAGUCAGUUCAACCUGUUUUAGAACACAUUAUUUGUUUUAUUUUUAAAUAUUUCUGCCCUAAACAUGUAUUUGAAUAUAAACAAAUUUUCACAUCCAAAAUAUGAAACUGUGUAGUAGAGUGUGGUGGGCAUCUUUUUCUUGUUCUUUGCCUAUAUAAGUAAAAAGCACAUUUUAAGAAAUGCCUGGUUCAUUUUUUUAUAUAUUUGAAUAAAUAAAUAAAAACCUGGCAGAAUAAAGUGUAUAACAUUCUUUGACCUCGAUCCAGAUCUGUUUCAGAAUCAUAUAGCUUAAUACAGGAAUUAUUUCUUGCAAAGUAUAAUGUUGUAAUAACUUUGCACAGAGUUUAGAAGAUGGACAUUUCUGUCAUAUAGUCAAAUGCUAGAAGUCAUCUAAUUAAUUUGACAGAUAUUUGGGUAGUGCUGGAACUAUUAUUGAUUGACAUUCAGCCUAAGCUUGUGAAAUGGUAGCUUCAACUAGGUAUGGGUUUUGUCCAUGGAUACCCUCCCUAGUAUGAGAUGGACUGAGUGUUUUGGGAAUACACAAGACAACCUAAAAUAAAGCCAGAGGUGUCUUUUGAGAGUUAAGACUAUCAUAUAAAGCUAACUACGUAAUUAUGGAAUUUUAAGAUACAAAUAUACUUGAAGAAAUCUCUAGCGAUCCCUCUGCAAAAAAGAAUUUCUUCACUGAACAUGCAAAUAAGUUACAAAAUUUAGGAAUUCUGUGUCUCU